CGACCCCACGCGCCUCUCAUCAUCUUGGAUACAUACAACUUAGCCAAUUCAUCCAUGUAACUAGCCAUCUUGAUAUUCUUCUAUGUAGACACCGUUUUAUGCUCCACCUCCCGGUCUCUAUUAAUAACCACCCACUCUCUUAUUAUCAAAGAAAACCCCAAGCGCACAAUGCCGCCAGCCGGUCCCGCCAGAGACGACAACGAAAAGCAGCAGGCCGCACAGCAAGCCGUCGACAUCCUACAUGAGAUAUCCACCAUCCUAAACUGCCAUCUCGACCGCCGCACGCUGUCUAUCUGCAUCUCCAUGAUUGAGAAUGGCGUGAACCCGGAAGCCCUCGCGAACGUUGUCCAAUUUCUACGCAAAGAGGCACAAAAGGCAGAGUUUGCGCAAAGCACCGGUCGAUGAGAUAUGCGAUACGACCCAUUCUAAGAGCAGCAGUCUGCCCUUUAGGUAUCCCGUAUCCCGCACAGCCGAGGAGUUUGGAGUUUUACUCGUAUUCACCAGCUACAUGUAGCUACACUUACAAACACUAUAAAAUCAUGGUA